CCAUGCCACACUGAUAAUUUGUUCUAGUGUUCACCACUGCUGAUCUCUCCGUGCUUAAUGUUGGAAUAUAAUUUUCCAAGUUGUCUCAUGUUCAGCUUCGAGAAUCGUUUUGUAAGGACCAUAUCACUACAAGGGGUUGUGGUCAACGAAGUGUAUGAAAUGUCCGCUUUUAAAGAACGUCAAACUCAUGGUAGAGCAAAAUACAUGAGCAAGGGUUCCUACCAAAUUGAGGUACGUCUGAACCAUUGAUGUGAAACAACACUGAAUCUUAACCACAUGGUCCUCCAAGUUGAAUAAACUCUAACUCGGAAGAUUUACACUGGACUUUGAAUGAGGGUUGGAAAAUAGUAGAGACAAUUGAAGCUUCACUUUUAUAUAUUCUAACUCAGAAGAACAAGCGAUUACAACAACACCCUUAUGUUUGAAGAAGCUCCUCCAUCAAGUUUUAUUUUCCUGUGAUUUUUUAUGUCAUCCGGAUUGGCUAUAUAUCAUCCACCUAACUCAAGAGGGGUCUGUUAAGAUGAGAAACUUUAAAUUGUCAAACGAUAGAAGUGUUUGUAGUAACCAAAACAGAACAACGGCAUACCAUUUUUGAGACACAAGGUCACUUCGUUAGGUGAAUUCGAAGUAAUCCUCGUGAUGGACUUGACGAUUUUGUCCGCUCCAAAUGAACUGCUUUGUGAUCCUGAAUGUUUGCUAAUAUUCUGCUAUAUUAGGUUUAAAGGGGCACGGAUGAACAUACAAAUGAAGGUACCUGAUCAGUUAACUGUUGAAAACUUUCCAAUUCUCAGUCAUGAUGGUAAGGAUUAUCACAGAAUCCCAGUUAUCCUAACGUAUUUGAGGAAAGAAAAUUAUGGCUUAGAAUAUGACUUAUCUGACAUUGAGGGUGUUCAAUCAUGUGCUUUAAUUUCGACUAUAGAACGUCGUUUAGCUCCUGCAGUUAAUUGGUUCCUAUGGGGUGAUGAUUUUGUUUAUACUAAGUUCACUAGAAAAAUGUAUUUUGAAUCAAUUGGAUUUAUUAAACAAUUAUAUAUUCCUCAUAUCUGGCGUAACAAAAAAGUAAAAGAGGCAAAGUUCUCUCAGUUAGUUUUAUGUCUUAAGAAUAUGUCCGAUUCAGAAAUUGGCGAGUAUUUAUAUUCACUGGCCAAACUUUGCAUUACAUCACUUGCUCACAUUUUGGGUGAAAAUACAUAUUUUAUCGGCGAUCGACCAACUGCAGUUGAUGCUUAUGUAUUUUCAUUUAUAUGGCCAUUAUUAAUGUAUGAAUCACAGUAUGGUGAUUCAAAUUGGUGGGAUAUCGACUAUAAAUCAUCAUCCUCCUCAUCUACUUGUUUACAAUCUGGUUCACAUCAUUUAAUCACCCAUUUAUUACAAUGUCCUAAUCUAAUUAGAUUUUUUAAAAAUAUCACAUUGAAAUACUUUCAAAAAUAUACAAAAUGUUUUAGAAAAGGUAUGAUUUAUAUUAGUUUAUUUGGUUUUUCUUUAUUGUUUUAUCCACUUAGUAUUGUAUUAGAACUUAGUAGCUGACUAGAUAAUGCGAUAGUGUUUGAAGCGAAAGUUAUUGGGUUCGAGUCUCAGAGUGAACAUCAACAAGUCUGAGAUGCAGGUACAUUCAGAUGACGAGUCCCAAAAUAGGACGAAACGUGCGUCAAACUGGAUUCCACUGCUGGCCACUAUCCAUCUUUGUUUAUUGUUUUUUUUAAAAAAAUUUUCCUUUUGUUAUUUUUUUUUAAAAAGAAAUUUGAAACAGUUAGUCCCCCCCCUCUUUGAUAAAUGUAGAUAAUACAGUAAGAUGGAUGAAGAUUAUCAGUAUCUGUGUGAUACAUUUGUACUAUACAUAUCAAAUAAUCUGAUGAAAAGUGUUAUAACUUACGCCGGCAAUUGUUAUUAUCUUGUACCUACCUAUUAGAGAGCAGUGAAUUAUCGAUCGGACCUGUGACACAUGAAACCCGUACGAGUAGUCUAGAGUACUUGUCGGUCUUGCUAUCAGCCUAGCCCAGCCAGUUAAGUCCAGAACAUCAAUAAUAGCCUUUGUGGUACGAAUCGUUAUACUUCAAACAUACUGGGUUUAUAUACCAAUCAAACAGACCACAUCGUACCAUAAAAUGGAAAAUAACAUUCGUAUAAGAUUCAGCUAACUGUAGCUGUGAAUAAGGGAGAUAGUAAAUAAUAGACAAGAGCAUAAUUCAGGAACGGUAAAUCAUAUAACAAUACGAUAAAAAUAUACUCAUAGUAUUGGUUCAUAAAUAGAUCCCAAAGUUACCAUUCACUAUUGUUGUCGGGACAUAACAAAAAGUUAACUGGAUAAAUUAAUAGGUAAUAGGGAAUGAUGAUGAUGAUGACAAUUAAAACACUCAAUAGGAAAAUCACACUUCAUAAAAGAACAGUAUUAACAGGAUAUGUUCUUGGCAAGUAUAUUAUAAUGACAUCUCGUUACACGGGAUGUCUGAUAUACGACACUCCCUCAUUAGAGAUUUCAGGAUAUUUUUAUGCUGCGAACAGAAGUUGUAGUCGAAUUGAGACAACUCUCUGUAUACAUGGCAUCGCCCCCAAAUGCCUUGGUACGGUCGAGAGUGGGGAGAGUCCCCUCUCCCUCUCGAAAUGCUCUCACAUGGCUACGCGUAUAUAGCCUCUGCCAGGAAAGUCCUACUCACUGCCUUCUCGUGGCGGGGCUGUUGUUUACGAAAUGCGAAUGCCCGCGCUUUAACCGGGUUGAUGGGUGUGGAGUGUCCACGUAGGGGAGUUGGCAAACCCUGAUUCCAAACCAAUGGUGCACAUGGGCUGGCUCCAGUAUCCUGAGGGAACAAAUGGCGUACGAAUCAAUCAUUGAUCACCGGCUACCAUGGGACUGCAUCUCCUCACUAUGCUCCACUGCCUUGUGAUCAGAUCUUUAUGUCGAAGGCUCCGGGUGUGGCUUCCCAAGAAAACUACCUGUUUUAGUUUGGGCAGCCGGGCAGUAUCAUAGCCCUCACACAAAUCUAAUGAGAUUUGUGUGGCGCAUAUGUAUCUGGUGCCUCAUUGUACCAAAAUUUAUAUGUUUAAAUCAAAUAAAUACAUGGUAUCAUGCAAUGACCAUGGUAGACAACAAAAUGAGCGAACUAAAGGUGAUAACAACAAAUUAAGUAACAGCAGGUGUCAUUGAGAAAGUAUGGAUAAGAAAAUUUUUUUCAAGAUUGAUCUCUUUAAUUAGCACCCAAUAAUAAAAUCUAGGUAUCCUGAGGUCUUUUUAUCAACAUGGAUGGUUUGUAACAAGAGAUGAUACAGUUUGGAUAAGAAUGCCAUCAUGAGAAACCUUCAAUUAAGAAAAAUUCUUCCAUAUUUUGGAGAAUGCUAAGGAAAAACGUAACAAUAUAGUCAUUGGCUAAAUCUAACAAUGCAUCAAAAAAAGAAGUAUUAUCAUCUUUAGGAACUUAGUCCGACAAUCUUGACCGUCUGAUAAAUGCUUUUUAACUCAUUUAUCAGAUACAGAUCUGUGUACUUCGCUUUGCUUCGUAUUCUGAUUGUCAAAGUUAACAAAAACUACCACGAUCGCUCAAAAUGACAGUAGGUAGAAUGGGUUUCAAACCUACGACUUAGUGGCUGAAAACCAAAAAGCUUCACUGCUCAAUUGUUCUUUUUCAUUGGAUUAAGAAAUGUCAGUAUCUCACAUGUUUUAAAUUAAUCUGUUCGGUGUUUUUUUGUUUAUCAAAUUGUUAUCCUAUAGAAAAAUCUCCAAUUAUCGACAAGUUCAUUGUAUCUCAUCCAAUUCGUGAUUGUAUUCUAUGGGGUACCGGUGUAGUUGGUAUAUUUUUAACUUAUGCUUAUUAUUCGAAUAAUAUACGAAUAUUACAAAGGUUUCAUAGAUCUCGAUCUACUUAAGUGGUAUUUACGAUCAUUACUGUUAUUGAUUGUUUUAUAAUCUUUAAAUUGUGUAUGUUUUUAUUGCAUUUCUCCUUCUCUUUUUCCCUAUCUCUUCAAAAUGUUCUUCUUGUUGUCGUAAAUCUCUUUGAACCUGUUAUUAAUACACACACACACAAUCUGUGUAAUUUUGCACUUUUCCGAUUGCACAUGUGAAUAGUACUAUUUCCAGUUUCAUUUUUAAUCCCCAUGUCAUCUUGGCUAUUCUCCUUGUUAUUGUAUUAUCACAAAGAAGUUCGUUUAUACAGUGCCAUGUGAAAUGAUGAUGUGGUCUCUAAACUAUAGGAGUAGACUCUAAAGAUGGUGUCCAGAAGAAGAAAGAAUUAUUGAAAGCUCUAUAGUUGAAUCAUCAUAGCUUAGAGAACACAUUACAUCAUUGUCUUUAACUGAUUUGUACUGCAUUUCUUUGAAGCUUCCUCUUUAUCAUUACAUUCAUUGUUUGUUAGUUCAUUUUGUCAAUGUCAGGCAUAAUCAUUAGCAAUAGUAAUAGUGUAUUAGAGUAUGGUAGUUUUAUAUUAAUUUUAGUGAACUUUUGUAAAUAUAGAUCUUUAUAAUUUUUUUUAC